UGAGAAGCUGGGGAAGGCGCGAACCUAAGAGUGGAAGUUGCGAAGGGGCAGAGACGGCUACAUGAUCUGGCUUGGCUAGUUGUUUUCCAGUUUGGUAGUAGCUCGUGACUGUUCGAGUAGCUCGUAGCCGCUCUCUCUCCCUUCAACAUACAGCAACACGUACGUGGACGUGGCAUGGACCACAUGUCAACCAAUUCUUUUCUUUCAAAUCUCUUCGAAGCCGCCUUGGACGGCCCAUAAAUAUGACGCCUGAUCAAUGCGAAGACUUUCUGUUGUGUGUUGGGCGAGGGGGCAUAAAGAAGAACCUUGGCGUUUUAUUCCCCGCGAUCUUUCGUGCAAGCUGUAUUAACGAUUGGGAUGGGCACUCAUUAAGAAAAUAGUAAAGCCAUUUCAUCGCCUUCGUGAUGUUGGUACUGGAUUACAGGAAGACCGGAUACCUGCCAGUCGCAUAUGCCCUACAGAUAAAGUCAAUCAAGAGAGCAUGGGCAGAGCCCUUGCCGAGCUGGCUACCCAGUCGACACAAGUUCCAACAUCAACCGCCAACUUCCUUCCUCAAAAUGGCAACAACUACCUCUGCGAUCCCCUCGCCGACAUGGCCCUCCAACUACUCUCCGACGCAGUUCACUCCCGCAGCUACCUGUGGCUUUGGCCAGGACCUCUGGCUCGCCACUCUCGACUGUGCAAUCCUCAAUCGUCAAACCUAUGCCUCGACUGCGAGUGCGCCACCCGCAGUUGUAACUGGCAAAUUACCCGGCUUCACCUGUGGUCCCGUGGUCAACGCCGGUCGCCCGCUCGUUCACUUCACCCGCUCUGAUGAUAAUAACAUCGCCAUUACCACCACCACCCGCGGCUACGAGGACGAGUGCUACCAGAACAAGUACGGCCCCUCAGGCGCCGUGACCAAAGCCACCGGCAGCCAGACCAUCACCCACUACUUUGCCAGCUGUCCCGUGGGAUACAGCGAGGCCAGCCACGGCUCCACCGCUACAAACAACGUCGACCUGCAUUAUCUCGAGUGCUGCCCUUCUGGCAGUCUCAGUUUUGGGCUGUUCAGCACCAGGACGGAAGACAUCCUCUUCGAAACUACCAUCUCUGGGACGCCGUAUGGGGGUUGGACCAUCAACAUGCCCGCCUGCACGGCCAAGCUCACCGCGGGCGAGGUUGUCACUGUGACGGACGCUCUUACUGGCGGGACUGAGACGACGACGAGAACGACAAGCCUCGAGUCUGGGGCCACCAUCUUUGCCGAGAUUCAAACUGCUUCGUACACUGUUUUUGCUGGGCAGCAUACUUGCUUUGAGGGCUGCAAUCAGCUGUAUGAGAGUGUCAGUGACUGGCUGUCGCAGUAUACGCCUACGGGUACGGAGACGAGUACCUCUCCUAGCCCUUCUGGGACGCAACCUCCGGGUGAGAAUGAUGAGGCUGGGGAUGGUGGCGAGGAUGAGGAUGAGGAUGGGGAUGUGGAUCAGCCUUCCGGGGCUGGCCAGACUGCUGGCUUCAAGGUUGGUGUCCUGGGUGCGGCGCUUGCUUUGGCGGUGGGGGUUGUUGCUGGUCUGUAA